AUGUCUACACCGAACAGCGAUAUCCAUCUAUCCGAACUCGAAUCUCGACAGAAAUUAUUACGAGUCGCCCAUUUAAACACUCAGUCUAUGACUUCAACAUUUGACAACUUUCGCCUUACGAUUGAGACAUACCCAUUGGACAUCUUUUGUUUAAGCGAAACUUGGCUUAAAGAUAACAAGUUACUGCUGCAAUAUGUUAACAUCCCUGGAUAUACUAAUGUUUUCCGCAACCGAGAUAACAUAAAUGGUGGCGGCGUCGGCGCCUACAUACGUGAUGAUAUACCUUUCAAACGUCGUACAGACUUUGAACAGCUAUAUCCUGAUUUAGAGGUUCUAUGGCUUGAGGUGCCAGGUCGAAACACAAAUAGCAAACUGUUGCUUGGCACGAUAUAUCGCUCGGAACGCAUAAUGCCAACACAACAAUGGUUAGAUACAAUCGAAUCCCUACUCAUUGAUAUAAUUACAACUUGGGACGGCCUACUUAUUUUAAUGGGAGAUAUGAACAUUGAUCUUAUGAAACAUUCUGACCCGAUAACAAGAUCAUACAAUGAUAUGCUUCAGUCAUUAAAUCUGCACCAACAUAUUACCACACCAACUAGAAUUACACAAUCCUCAAAAACUUUAAUUGAUCACGUUAUUUCUAAUAAGCCUCGCUGUGUUUCUUACUCGAACGUUUUACCCUGUCCUUCUGUCAGCGACCACGAUGCCCCUUACGUUUGCCUAAAUGUCCGCACCUCCCGUUUUCAGCCACGAUACAAAAUAAUUCGUGACGAAAAAAACGUAGACAUGGCAGCAUACUACACUGACGUUUCCUCACUGCCAUUCAGUGCAAUCUAUGCCUUCAGCGAUCCUGAAGAUAUGCUUGAGUCAUUUAACACUCUAAUCCAAGACUGCAUUGAUCGUCACGCGCCAAUAAAGCGAAUAAAAGUCACUCGUCCCCCAUGUCCGUGGCUCAAAACCGGUGAUAUACAAGCUCUCCAAAUUCAACGCAAUAAAUUGCGCUUUGAAGCACACAAGACCUCUCUUGACAGUAUAUGGAAUGCUUUCAGAAAGGUUCGUAACAGUCUAAAAACCAAGAUCAAGGCGGCUAAACGAUCCUUCUACCAAACAGUCUUAUCCUCCAAAAACUCCAAAAAGAUCUGGAAAGUAAUUCAUUCUAUUUUAAACCCCCCUUCGCAGCCACUUCGACAUGACCCAAACGAAUUGAAUUUGCAUUUUGCUUGUACUGUUCAGCGGACACUGGGCUACACGAAUAACGUUAGCAAUAACGAUCUCUACGCUUACAUUGACUCUUUGCCUAUUUCCACUGAGCAAAGUUUCAGUUUGAAUAAGGUCAGCCAAGCAGAAGUAUUAAAAGAAUUGCAUAAUCUUCGUAAUGAUAGUUCGACAGGUCCUGAUCAAAUUCCAUCAAAGUACAUUAAACCAGUUGCUGAUAUAAUCGCAGCUCCUCUGACACACAUUAUAAACUCCUGUAUUGAUGCUAACUCAUUUCCCUCUGCUUGGAAGAUCUCAAGAAUAUCUUCCAUUCCUAAAACGGAAACUCCAAAGACCCAUGAUGAUUUUAGACCUAUCGCAAUCCUACCUGUCUUAUCCAAGAUAUAUGAAAGACUCGUCCUCAAACAGCAGUUGCCUUUUAUCGACAACUGUCUUAACGAUAAUAUGUCUG